AUGUUCGACGACUGGGCCUAUCGAGAGCAUUUCGAUACACCGCGUCGUGAGCGCGCGAAAUCAAUUGUACAAAGUGUUGCUUCACAGAUAAGUGCUGAAGAAGACUGGGUGCUGCCAGUUGUAGAGCUGCGGCGCCGCGCCAACAGCUUGCCACGAAGCGAGAAAGUGACAACUCGAAGUUGGCCGCUGGACACACCAUUUCUCGACGCCCAAAAGGCAGAGAUGAAUGAUUGGAAACUAUGGGUAGGUCCCGAAUACAGCAUUGAUGAUUUUGACGAAGCGUUGUUCUCUGCGCAGAUUCUGGAGAGCCAAACUGUUUUAGAAAGAGCUCGUUUGGCGAUUUCAGUUUAUAACCGGCUUGGCGCCGAAUCAGAGCAAUUAAUUGACAACAUUGAGGCAACGAAAAGCAAUCUGGAAAAUAUUAAUACUCAAAUUGUUGAAAUGCGAGUGGUUUCUGAUGGUGGUAUUCAUGAACAAGAGAAGCUGGACCAACUGCACAAAGAUCUGGACAAGUAUCUUCGUAUUUAUGACAAUUUGGACAACUCUACAAGAAUAUUGAAUAAACCCGGCAAUAAACUGGUUUCCAAAGUGCAGGAGUUCAGAACUCUUUUGCAAAACCUUGACGAAGGGCUCGAGUUUUGCAAACAACAUCCAGAAUUCAAAGAUAUGGAUCUAUAUGAAAUGAGGCACACUCAAUGUAUUUUAAGAGCGGUUACACUGGCACAAGAGUUUUGUGUUGGUCAUCUAAGGAAGGUUACCGGCUCAAUUCUGCAAAAACUAGUUGCGUCUUCAACUUCCAGCACAACUGGCGCUAUGCAUGCACUUAUCUGGACCAAGUUCGAAGCUGACGCCGAGUUUAUUAGCCCAAUUGUGUCUGUUAUUAAAUCUCGCGAUGACGAAAAACUAGAAUCACUUCUUAUGGAGGUCCAAAAGCAGUAUUUCACGUGCCGCUCUCAACUCAUUUCUCCAGAGAUCUCGCGGAGCCUUGCACCUUUGGCGCCGCCAGGACCCCCAGACUUUAUUGUUGGAGCGCAAAAUAUUUUGGUGCAGUUCAUGACACUAUUCAAUAAAGAGCUCGAUGCUUAUCGCAAGGUCAUGGGAGAGCCUGAUGAGCAGUAUGAGCAAUGGCUUACAGACUUAUGUCAACCUCUCUACGACCAACUUCGGCGGUACAUUAUUAGGGAAACGGACAUUUCACAGCUAUGUCAACUGAUCAUGUCGAUUCAGGGCCACGAUACCCAGGCUUUCGAUCCUAUAUACCGGGAUACUCAAAACCGUCUUGUUUUCCGAGCCGAUUUGAUUGUCGAUGGCAUCUCAAAAUAUCAGCCAACGCCUAAAGACUGGGGUAAAACAGUGUAUCCAACAGUGACACAGGCUUUGGAUUUACUAGGCCAGGUGUAUGAGUUGUUGAACAACGAGGUGUUUAACAACCUUGCUUAUCGAUGCGUUAAUCAAUGCAUUCUGUCUCUUGAAACAGGACGCGAGUCGGCCAUGACACGUCUUGGAAAGAUUGAGGGAAGCUUAUUUCAUAUCCAGCAGCUGGUACUGUUACAAACCCGUAUAAUGGAUUUCAAUGUGGAGCAUUCGGUGGAGCAUGAUGUCGACUUUAGUGGACUGCAAACUUUUGUUGAAGCAUUCUGGCAAAAUAGGUCACGUUUUACUUCCGUUCGUGAGCUUUUUGGCAUCGCACGAACAUCAAUGCCUCAUGUGAUCGAGCACAUGAUCGAUGCCAUGGAAGGUUUGUAUUCUGCGUUGCGUCUGGCUGUUACGAGAUUCACAGAAUAUGCUACAGACUCUAUGAUUGACCCGAUCUCCAAAAAUGAUGCGCGUACUGCCCAACAUGACGUCCAUAACUUCCGCGAGGCUGUGGCCGUUGAGCUUAAACGUAUCAACACAGUUGUUCACGAUUACAUUUCGGAGCCUCGCGUCUGCGAUGUCCUGCUGGAUUCACUACAAGACGAUCUUGUUAAAAAAUAUACUGAGUACUACCACUUGAUCUACAACACUGGUAGUCCUGAUAUGUUGGACGGCGUAAUGGAUGCAGAUGCAAUGAUGGCCUGGCUUGGUGAAUUAACAAGACAGUUCCAAACAAAUUUGUAG